AGCACAGAAACAUUUCUCCCCUCUCUCCUUUUUGCGCUUGCGCUAGGACGAGGAGCUAGGGUUUAUGGCGGCAGGCGAUCGCCCGCAAAUUGUCCAGCAGCCUCCGCCGCAGCUCGAUUUGAGGCAGAUUGUCCGCGAUGCACAGUCGCGAUGGCUGCGCCCUCCGGAAAUUUGCGAGGUUUUACGAAGCUAUACUGAGAUUAACUUGAAGACCAGCCCGGCUCCGCCUUAUCAGCCUCCAAGUGGAAGCCUGUUCCUGUUCGAUCGCAAAGCGCUGCGGUACUUUCGAAAGGAUGGUCACAACUGGCGGAAGAAGAAAGAUGGGAAAACUGUGAAGGAAGCGCAUGAGCGUCUAAAGGUAGGCAGCGUCAAUGCUUUGCAUUGCUACUAUGCUCACGGGGAAGAGAACAUGAACUUCCAGCGUCGUAGUUACUGGCUACUGGAAGGAGCACACGAACAUAUUGUCCUCGUUCACUAUCUCGAGGCGCUCCAGGGAAACAGGUCAAGUGUCUUUCGGCUGCACGACCAAUCUCUCGACCGGCAGCUCGCAAAACAAGCUGCGAACUCUCAGAGUCCAGAAGGGAAUUCUCCGAACUCAUUAGAUGCGGAUGGUGCGAAUUCUGGGGAUGAGGCUGAUGAUGUCCAAAUCAUUGACAUGGACAGACAGAGAAGGCCAGUCUCCUUGAUGGAUCAGCUGUCAAGCAGUGAUCAAAAUCAGAAGCGGCAAACAAACCAAACCGUGACUAGAACUCUAAGACAGUCAAAGGACCGACAAGAUCAGUCACAAACCGUGAACGCACAACCUUUGAGCAAAACUGAUAUCAAUGAAUUACUUGGGAUUUCAGACAACGAUGGUAACAUAGAUUAUGACAUGGCUGGCUGGGACAACUUGGUUGACAUUCAGCAACACCCUGAAAACUCAAGGGACAGUAGUCUCAAGUUUGCAACUUGGGAAGAGGUGUUUGAACAAAGCAAGGGACCCGACACUAGUGAAAAGUACUUGGACUCGCUGGUAGAACCACCUGCUAUUCCCGAACCGAGGGUGGCCAAAGAGGAUAUGGCAGCAAAAUCCGACAGCCCUUUGAGUUUUGUUGGAGACUCUCACCAUGCCGCCCAACUAAAUCACUUAUCUUCGCUUGAUAGUUUCGGACGGUGGGUCAUGAACGAGAUUGCGGUUGAUCCCGUGUCUGAUUCCGACGCAUUGUUGUCAUCCACUUUCGAGGACAAAGGAGGAGAACUCGACACAGACUUUUCCUCUUCCUACGAACAAUCGAUGCCGAGCAUUCAGAUGUCGGUUCAGAAAUUUAAAAUUGUUGAUUUUUCACCGGACUGGGCAGACGCUUACUCGGAAACAAAGGUUCUUGUUACUGGCCAGUUUUUGGUGUCACCUCAUCAACAUAAUUGGUGCUGCAUGUUCGGUGAAGUUGAAGCGCGGGCAGAAAUACUUGGGAGCAAUGUCCUCCGUUGUAUGUGCCCUCCACACCCGGCUGGAAAUGUUCCAUUCUACAUCACCUGCAACGAUAGAACAGCAUGCAGUGAAAUCAGGGACUUCGAGUUCCGUGGAAAGGCACAGACUGCUCCUUCUACGACUGAGAAGGAGUUGAGGCCGGAGGAUCUCCUGCUUCAGUUGAAGUUCGUUCGCAUGCUAUGCUCCGACGAGGUUCCGAGACAAGCAGUAAACGAGGCGAUCGCCAACAAAAUUCGCAACUCCUUCAAGAAGGGCUUGGAACAGUGGGAUGACAUUGCAGCUGCUAUAAAGGACAAGUCCAGGACAACUCACGAGAUCAAAGAUAGCAUUUUCGACGUCUUCUCUCGGCUCAAGUUGCAAGAAUGGCUUAUAAGACGUGCCGGACAAGAUGGAAAGGGGCCUUCCGUGUGUGACAAAGAAGGACAGGGAAUGAUACACAUCGUCUCAGCUCUUGGCUUCGACUGGGCGAUCCCUCCAUUGCUAGCAGCGGGUGUCCUCGUAAACUUUCGGGACUUGCAUGGCUGGACGGCCUUGCAUUGGGCUGCGCACUUUGGAAGGGAGGAUGUUAUUCUAGCGCUCAUUGGAGCCAAAGCAGUGCCAGAGCUUCUUACCGAUCCAACUCCGGCAUAUCCAAAUGGCCAAACAGCGGCGGAUGUAGCCUCGUGCCGUGGCUAUCCUGGAAUUGCGGGCUACUUGGCGGAAGCAUCUCUGGAACACCAUCUAUCGGUACUGACGCUAAAGGACGGGAGCCUGAACGAGAUACAUUAUACAAAUGCUAGUCUGGCUGGAGAAAGCGCCGCGAGCCGUCUGCUUUCCGGAGAAGACGUCCAAUGUGUCACCGACGAUACUUUUCUGAAACAGUCGCUCUCGGCAGUCCGGCGGGCUACGCAAGCUGCUGCGCUCAUCCAGUCGGCGUUCCGGGAGUUUACUUUCCGUAGGAAGCAAGAGGAAGAAGAAGCUAGACUGCAAGACAUCAACAGCGACAACGUAGAGUACCUCAUGGCUGCAGAGAAGAUCCAGAAAGCUUACCGUGGCCACAAGAUCAAGAAGCAAAACUCGGCUGCCACGAAGAUCCAGUCCAAGUUUCGGGGGUGGAAAGGCCGGCACGAGUUCUUGCAAACGCGCCAGAGAAUCAUAAAGAUCCAGGCUAUUGUACGAGGAUACCAGGCUCGUCGGCAAUACAGGAAGAUCUUGUGGUCCGUGGGAGUUUUGGAGAAGGUUGUGUUGCGUUGGCACAGAGGACGUCACGGUCUCCGGGGAUUCCAGGCGGAGGAGAAGAUGGUGGAAGGAGACGAAGUAGCCGCCGACGAUGAGUUUCUCCAAGAGGGAAGGAAACAAAAGGAGCACGUAAUCGAAUCGGCAGUCCAGCGCGUCCAGGACAUGGUUCACGAUCCAGAGGCGAGAGCACAGUACGCGAGAAUGCGAGCAGUCUCUCAGCAAAUCCAGACUAAACAGGACGAUGACUUCCAAAAUCUAAAGCCAUUAGCGAGUGUGUGAAUUUUGGAUUGUACAUUGUAUACAAAAGAGAAUAGAUGCAAAAGAACAAAUGGAGUGCCUAUUAA